UGGAGUUGAUACGUUAGGUUGGAUGAUAUUUGGAACAUCUAUUGUGACUGUGGCAUUCAGAUCAUAUGGAGCAUGGAGUGGAUAUAAAGCACUUGUCGGAGGCCCUGGGAAGUGGCAUGUCCCCUUUCAUUCCUCCCUUUGUGGAAUCCUUCUCAUCCGUGAAUGUGAAACAUGUAGCUGUCUUCAUCUCUGGUACUGGGACCAAUCUCCAGGCCCUCAUUGAUGCCGUGCAGAGCGGUGUGAUUCGGCACGCCAACAUUGUUCUGGUGGUGUCCAAUAACCCUGAUGCACUUGGGCUGAAGAGGGCAAAUGAAGCCAACAUUGAAACG